GCGAUCUUCCUUCGUAUUAAGGAACGUCACCCAAAAAUUGACAACGAAAUUUGAAAUGAAAAUCAAAUAUUACUAAUUAAACAUAUGGUUUACUAAACAUAUGGUUCAAAACAUAUGGUUUAAAAAGACAGCUUGAAAAAUAGUGGCUUGCGAAUGAGUGAGAAAGUCUAUUUAAAAGUUGUUCUUUUGGGCAAAGUUGACAGCGGCAAAACAUGUCUUGUCACGCGUUACAUUACAGAUACAUUCAGUCCCGAACAGCCUUCGGUAAGCUUGAUUCAUGUUGAUUCUGUUAGUUUAUUGCUGUCUUUUGUGUGUGUUGAUAAUGUGGAAAUUACCAUUUUAUAUAAUAAAUGAGCUGUUUCCUACUAUUAUACUUCUAUUUUUUAUUUAUAUGAUGUAAUCUGGACGAAUUAGUAAAUAAAUAAAUAAAUAUUUAAAAUAUCUGAAAAUUUACAGUAUAUAUCUUGCGUGUUCGCAUGUCUGCAAAAUGUUGCAAUUAUAGAUAAUUGUUUUGUAAUUGCAACAGUUCAGAAAAGGUUAUUUGAUUUUCAAUAAGAAAUAUUUUAAAUUACGUAAUCUGUCAAAUUAGUUCCAGCAUAGGCGUAGCUGGCUAAGUAUGCCCAAAUUUUUAUGCCCCACUGACUGCUUACACCAGUACGUUUCAUUGACUGCAGUUGAUACACUUAUUUCAAAUAUCAAUCUUUCAAUAUUCAAAAAUCUUCAAAGAUUUUUAUAUUAUUAGUAAGAUUUAUGCCAAUGGCAUAAAUAUCAAGAACAUUUUACGCCGGAGAUAUCGAGAGUAACUAACAUCCACCGAUUCCAACUUGAACCCUAUAACAUGUAGUAAAAAAAUGAGUGAUGAUCAUUGGUGUUAAUCUUGUAUAAACAAAGCCAUGUGAAGAAAUAGACAGUGAUAUGUGAAUAUUUUAAUAGUAUUACUUGCAUUAAAGGACAGUAACAGAUUAAAAAAAUGUCUAUUCUCUGUGCAGUAUUAAAGCAUUUAUUGGUUUCACUUAGUUCCGAGAUGUUACUAAUCUGUGUUCUAAAUAUUUUUCAGACAAUUGGAGCAGCAUUUUGCAGAAAGGAUAUCAAUGUGGAAGGUCAAUUACUAUCACUUGCCAUCUGGGUGAGUACAGUGUAAUAUCUCAUGGCUGCAGAAGUUAAGUAACAUUGGAGCGAUGCUACAGUUCCAUACAUGCCUGAAAACAUUUUUUAUGGCCAGGUACCAACUGGGUGGUGCUUGACAGUUAGUGAUUGACCGAUAAUCGGUAUCUGAGGCUGAUUUUUGUCUUUAUCGGUAGACAAUCGGCAUCGGUAGUAUUAUAUGUAUUUCCUGAUUGUGUAUAACCAACUGUUGAGAAAAUUCACACUGUAAAAAUUAUAUAGUAUUUUAUUGAUACAAUUACUCAAUCACUACCUGACACUUCUCAUUAGUGCUGGACAUCACAAAUAUUGUGAUAUUAUCAGGGUUCGUAGCGGUCUUUGCAAUCCUUGAAAGCCUCUAAAUUUGAAUGCAGGUCUUUGAAAAGUCUUGAAUUGUGUGAAAAAGAGAAGUCUUUAAAAGUCUUUAGAUUCUUCAGUGAGUAUUUGAUUAUACGAUUUCCUAACUAAUAAAAUAAAUUGAUUGAAGCAAGAUUUUCGCAAAUAUCGAUGAAAAGGUGCAUUUUAGGAUGUGAUUUGACGGGACUAAUUACCUGGGUAAAAAUGGUGCUCACACUCGCAAUUUUUCGACAGCUGAUUGCUCUCAAAGGUCUUUGAAAAGUCUUUGAAAAUAGGCAGAAAAAAUCUUUGAAAGUCUUUGAAUUUUUUUGGUCUUGGAGACUUUGAACCCUGUAUUAUAAUGCUUUAGUUUGUGGAAACACCAUGUAAAUUUAUUUUGUCGUGACAGGAAGUUUUCACGCAAAAUUUUCAUGACUAGUAAGGUUGAGACUUAAGCCAAUUUUCCACCAGGUGAAUUUGUUUGUGCAAAGUGAAAAAUCAAAUUUUGUGAUUGGUCAAUGUGAUUGGUCAGUAAAAAUAUUAGCCACGAAAAAGUUGGAUCAGUUCCUACUUUUUUACUGUUUGCAUGAACAAAUUCACCUAGUGGAAAAUGGGCUUAAAGACCAUGUAAAGUCUGUAAUGUAAAUAAACGCUUUGUUUACAUUUUGAACUCAGUGCUACAGUUGUAAAAUAUGAUUAGAUAUAUAUUAUACUGAAUUUUUAACACUCUUCUGGUUCGCUAUGCUUGAAAAUGAAUACAGACUAGAGAUUCAAUUCAAGAAAGUUCAAAAGAUACGAAAUAUUAAUAACAUUCCAACGGUCGGGUCCCGACUGUAAGCCUGCACAGAACGUAUGCGCAGAACAGACUUUACAUGGUCUUUAAAGUUUGUACCGGCUCAAAUACGAGGCAAUAGUCAUUAGAGUACCAGUCAGGUACAACCAAAAAUUGCGAAUUAUCACAGUAUAUCAGGCCUCGUAUUUCCCUGAAAUCAAUCAAUGGCAAUGACGUUAAAAAUUGCCGUAGAACGCAACAGCUGUCUAUGGCAAUUUUGGCAGUUUCCACAGCAUUUUUCAAAUUACUGUAAUAAAACUUUAAUUUUAUUGUUUAAUUAACUUUGGAUUUUGGACAAGCUAGAAUCAUGUCUAGUACGUAUUUCUUAAGUUUAAAUAGUGUGUGUUUUUUUUUCGAAGAAAACUGAGACUAAUAGUGAUUUGUUGCACUAUACGGCAAAAAAUUGCCGUCGUUGCCGCAAUGAUUCACAGCAUUUUGUUCUCCCUCUACGGCAAUUCGAGUCUUGCAGUAUACUGUAUAACAUUAGCUUUAAUUAGUAGGUUUGUUAUUAUUUCUAGGACACAGCUGGAGCAGAAAGAUAUCAGGCAAUGAGCUCCAUGUAUUAUAGGAAUGCUAAAGCUGCUUUGAUUUGUUUUGGUAAGAUGAAUGUUAAAUAUUUUAAUUUUACAAGCUUUGUCACAACAUAUUACAAAUUGUAACCGGGAAUCACAACAACUUCUAGCCAAUUACUGUGAUCAAAAUAUGCAGUGUUUAAUCUAUAUUCCAUUCCACAUUUUACCAUUAUAAUGAGAUUAAUCUUUAAUUUAGAUUUGACAGAUGCAUCCAGCUUUGAGAAGGCAGAUUACUGGGUUAAACAAAUAUUGACUAAUGAACCGGUAAUUAUGAAUUAUUAGAAACAAAGUUGAUGUAGUGAUAUCACCACAAUUAGUGUGCAAAGGAGGCAAUUUGUUUGACCUGGCCUUUGUAUGUGAACCAAACAAAACACCUCGGAUGCUAAGUUCUUUGUACGUUUGCAUGGCGAUAAAACAUAUAAUAGUUUUGUUUGUGGAAACACCACGUAAAUUUAUUACUGCAAUGCUUUCGAUCCGUAAGCCCGGAUCUUCAUCAUAUAUUAUUAGUUUAUUAUUUUUAUACAGCUGUUUCAAUUAAGGUUGUCCACGAGCAAAGCAGAAAAGUCGAAUACGAGCGCGAAAGGCUGAUGGGAAUCGCUAAUAAAUUAAUGAAUUUUCAAAGCGAUUCCCAGCAGCCUUUCGCACUCGUAUUCGACUUUUCCGCUUUGCUCGUGGACAACCUUAAUUAAUUGAACUAGCUGUAUAUUAUUUUUAUUAGCACUGAUGAAGAUCCGGGCUUACGGAUCGAAAGCUUUGCAGUAAUAAAUUUACGUGGUAUUUCCACAAACAAAACUAUCAUACUGUACCUCAGAUACUGUACUACACUUACUACUGUAAAAUAAUAGUUUUAAAUUUAUAGUUUAUAAUAAAUAGUUUUACUGUAAAUAAUAGUUUUAUGGUUUUGUUUAUGUUUUGAUUAUGUUUUCUUUAUAUUUAUUUAGAACUGUAAAAUGUACUUGUGUGGCACAAAACUUGAUUUAAUAGAAGAUGAAAUAAAAGAACGAGCUGUUUCAAAAAACUCAGCAGAACAUUUUGCUAAAGGUGGGAACUCGUUAAUCUUACCGAGCCAUGUAUAGUCAUCAGUAUAUUGGUAGAAAGGAUUUAUUUUGUGGAAGACUCGCGCUUUUUAAAUUAUAACCAAGAAAUAUACAACUUAAUAAUCUAUUUAUUGGGUGGCUUAGCCCCUCUGUGAAAACUGCAGUGAAGCCGCCCAGUUUAAAUUCACUGAAGGAAUAUUUCAUUGACCAUAGAUUACAAGGUGUACUUCCAUUGGGGCUAGUGCAAACGGGAAAACGAGACACUUGCAAGGCACAAUCCCUAAAUAAAAGUUAAUGACUAGACUACAGAAAGAAAAAACUUAAGAUUAAUUUACAGGAAAUAUAUACCUAAUGCAGUUUAGCAACGAGUGACCAAAUUGCAUGGCAUAUCCACAUUAAAAGCAUCCUUGACCAAGUUGGAGUAUGUCGUGUGCAAAAGCGUUUAAAAAUAACUAGGCUGGCAAAUUUUUCUGUGGAGACUAUUUUACAAAGUUACUUCCAAGACUUAACUACUCAUUACAGUUUUAUUCUGGUUGUUUUUUUUUUUGGGGGGGGGGUUAGCCCUGGUACUACAGUCAUAUGUAACAAGUUUGGGGGGGAGGGUGUUGGCUACACAAAUGGUAAUUCACGUUCACCUCUGGGACCAAGGUUUCAUUCCUACAAUAUGUUUUUUCAUAAUCCCAGUGUUCAAUAUGGUGGUCGAUCAUCAGCCAUUUUCACUACUGUAAUAUUGUGAAACUAUAUAGUGAAAAUUAAACAUUGGAAUUUGUUUAGGUUGUAAUGCUGAAGUGUUUGAAACGUCUAGUAAAACUGGGACAAAUGUUGGUUAGUAUCAAAAUAAAACAGAGCAUUUUAGUGAAUUAAAAUUAAAGCCUUGAUCAAACAAGUUGGUAUGCGAGAGCUUGCAUGAGAGUUGGCUGGAUAUUAACCAUUACAGUAUAUCAUCAAAUGAUCUCAAACUCGUUAAUAGUAAAUUAGCCAACCAUUAUAUCGUCA